AUGGCAAAGGAUUGUAAGCUUCCAGUGAUAUGCACUGAAUGCGAAAGUGACAAACAUUUAGCUGCAUUACAUGUAGAGCGAAAGCCGAAACCAAAAGACCCAGAGGAAGUCCAAGGCGGGGAGCAAAGGAAUGGUCAACAAGACGAUACAGACAAGAUGGAUAAGCAGCAGAAUGGUGAGCCUAGUCGUAUAACAACAACGUGUACCGAAAUUUGUGGUGAUAAACCUGGUGGAAGAUCAUGCUCUAAGAUAUGUCUGGCAAACAUCUAUGUCAAUCAACACUCUGAUAGAAAGGUUAAAGCAUAUGUGCUUAUUGACGACCAAAGCAACUGCUCAUUUGCUAAGCCCCAGCUUUUUGAUAUACUGAAUAUGGACGGUGAGAGUUUCCCUUAUACUUUGAGAACGCGUGUUGGCACGAUGCAGACCGAGGGAAGGCAUGCCAAAGGUCUUGUAAUCGAAUCAUUGGAUGGACAUAAACGACACCAGCUUCCCACCAUAACAGAGUGCAAUGCAAUACCAGUCAACAAAGACGAGAUCCCUACACCUGACAUAGCAAUGGCUCAUCCGUAUCUCCGCCAAAUUGCUGAUCAGAUACCCGAAGCCCAACGUGACACCGACAUCCUUCUGCUCAUUGAGAGAAAUGUACCACCACUUCACAAAGUUCGAGAGUCUAGAAACGGAAGGGGGAACUUGCCAUGGGCACAACGAUUAGACCUCGGAUGGGUCAUAUUGGGCAAUACAUGUCUAGACGGUGUACACAAACCCAAUGAUCUCUCCUCCUUUAAAACCCACUUACUCCACAACGGGCGACCUUCCAUCUUCGAGCCUUGCUCAAAUGUAUUCCACGUCGACAAAGCGACACCAGCACAUGCAGAUUCUCGUGAAAGCGUAAACGAAUUCCGUAGGAAAGAGUCGUUCUCACAAGGAAAGUUCGAGGAUGGACUUGCCAGCAAGGUGUUUGAACGUACAGAACUUGACAACAGACCAGGAUAUUCUGUUGAAGAUCGAAAGUUCAUCGAAAUUAUGGAUACAGGCAUGAAAAAGAACGAAACGGGAAGCUGGAUAGCUCCUCUCCCAUUCCGCAAUGAUGUGACACACCUGCCGAACAGUCGUGAGGAAGCCUUCAAACGCCUAAAGUUCACAAGAAAAACGCUCGAUCGUAAACCAGAUAUGAAAAAACAUUACUUUGCCUUCAUGCAAAAGAUUCUAGAUAACGGGCAUGCCGAGUCUGUACCUCCAAGCGAAGUGGUUACAUCAAAGCCCUGUUGGUUCUUGCCUCAAACCCAACAAGAUACGGGUUGUCUUCGACUCGGCUGCUGAAAUCAAUGGUAUUUCACUCAACAAACUACUACUAUCUGGACCCGACUUUACGAACAGCUUGCUGGGAGUGUUAUUGCGUUUUCGUCAGAACCCCACAGCAUUCAUGGCCGAUAUAGAGCAGAUGUUCCAAACAGGUGGGAAAUUUGUCGUCGCUGACCAAAAAAUCGCGGGCAGAAACAAAGCUCAUUGCAUUUACAUUCAAAACAAAGCAGAAAGUUAGGUAGAAGCUGUUUUUCCAUUCAACGAUUUACAAAUUAACGGUUAUUCUUUUAAAAGUCGACUAUAAAUUCUUUGUCUUGGGAUGAUUUGUUUUGUAAUUGAGUGAUUGGAAGAAGUUAAUAUGGCGACGUGAACAUGGGAGUAAAUACCGUAUACGUCGAUCUGUGACUUGUUUAAAACCGUAAUAAACGAAGAAAGACGUGGUAUGAGAAUGAAAUGUAAGUUGAAAUUAACUUUAUAUGCCUCAAAUUUUGCAUCCUAUGUUUCUUAAUGUAACUUCAGGUGUCUAAGUUCAAAAUACAAGCUCGCGAAAAUUGACAAAUUUUGAAAAUAUGUAAAAAUAGCUUGACUUUGAACUGUAUUUUCUCAAAAAUAGCCCGUGGCCUCAAUUUCAAAUAUAGCUAAAUGAAAAGAAAAACAUUUUCGGCGUUUGUAGGUAUCAAACAUAUCGUCAGGAAAAUAGGGGCUCACAAUGUUUUUGCUGAGUUUUUGAGACCCAGUUGCUUCGCACGUGUUGUGGUCAAAUUUUUGCCAAGAAUCAAAGCCCGAAAUGUGAACUUCCUUCAUGAAAACCGGCUCGAGAAGGGUCUAGUUUGAGAAUUUAGCUAUUAAUUUCGAUUUCAUGAGCAUAUUUUGGUUACACGUCAAAUAUUUUUGUACUUGAUGAGAUUCAAAAUUUGUUGUAUAUUCAAGCCCGGCUUUAGUGUAAUUUUGGCGAUGACCGGAACAGAAAUAAAGAUAUUUUAAAAACUGGCCGUGGCCUCACGAUAAAACUUUCUAAAAAUGUACUCUGUUUCAUGUAUUUUUAUUUGAUAACUUAGGUAUAAGCGUAAAAAUAGGGGCUCAUACAGUUUACGAGGUUGUAAAAUGCAUGACUUUCCUCUAUUUUCAUGUAAACAUUCGAAAUUUUUCGACAGCAAAGUAGCAACUGUUUCAGAUCGAAUGCACACGGACAGCCGACCAGAGACAAUGGCAGGGUACUGAAAUAGAACGUCACUAAAACAUUCUGUAUGAUUAAUUUUAGAUAAUGUCCAUUUUCAACAUAAAACAGUCAUUUAUUUUGUACAAACAAAUUUGGCAAUAUUUACACGAUUGUGCCUUUUUGGAAACUCGCGUUGCGUGUAUUCCACGCAAUUGCGUGGCUCAUUUUGCUCGCGCAUGCUCAGACAAAUUUCCCACCUGUUGAUGUUCCAUUCAUUUGUCGUCAGAGAAGAACAUCGCGAUUUUUUACGAUUCCUGUGGUACAAGGGGAACGACCCAGAUGGGGAAGUUGUAGAAUAUCGAAUGAAAGUGCACCUCUUUGGAAAUACGUCGCCACAGUAGUCGCCACGCUCGGCCUAAGAAAAACAGCGCAAGAUGGGGAGGCCCAAUUCGGAUCGGACGCUAGAGAAUUCGUGGAACGGGAUUUCUACGUUGAUGAUGGGCUUAAAUCCCUACCUGGAAGUAAGCAGUCGAUCGACCUACUUCAACGCACCCAAGGAAUGUUGGCGACAGCGAACUUGCGUCUUCACAAGAUCGCCUCAAACGAUGCAAACGUAACCCAGGCAUUUCCAAGCGAAGAUCGUGCCUCUGAACUGUGUAAUCUCGACUUAAACAAUGAUACGAAACCAAUCCAGUGGUCAUUGGGCGUGUAUUGGGACCUCGAAACUGACACGUUCACCUUUAAAGUUUCUGAAGGAAACAAGCCAUUUACGAGACGGGGAGUUUUGUCUGUUAUCAACAGUCUCUUCGACCCAUUGGGAAUUGUGUCGGCAGUGAUAAUCAAGGGAAAGAUUCCAGAAGAACACAACGCAGCUUGGAUGGAAUGGUACCAAUCCCUCUCUAGCUUGCAACAUCUCAAAAUCCCACGUUAA